AUGUCCGCCACGCAGCGCAAGUCAAAUGAGGCCAAAUUUCCUAAGAUCGUGGAACCGGACCCGGGGCCAUCAAGGACCAAUACUGGAUCUUCCGCUGCUAGCUAUCCGUUUCGUCCUGCCGCCAACCGUCAAAGAACGUACCCGCAACAAGCUGAAAGGGGACAGGAUGAGAACCAAGCCACUCUUCUUCGAUACACAAACCAUGAUCUUUCCCAGGAACAUCUCAGCACUCUGUCUGUUCGCGAGAAGCUCCGAAAGGGCAUCGCCAUGGGCUUUGCCAACAACCUAGCACAUACGAAUGCCACGCAAGAGGCACUUCAACAAGGCUCACAGGGACACCCUGGACCGCAACCUAUGGAUACCAUGACGAUCAGUGGAAUGAUGAAGAGAAUGGAUGUGUCUCAUCAUAUGAUGCCUGAACUCUCUCGUCUUCACUCCAAAGGAGUCGACGAUCGCAAGGGAGUGGAGAUGGUCAACCACGAACUGAUCAACGACGCGGCGGCUGGAGCCACUGGCCGAGCCGACUUUCUUAUGAAGAGGUCUCGGCAUAUCAGGGCCCGGGAGGUUCCGGUACGAGUAGCUAGUGAGCGUCUCCAUGUAAUUACUGGAUCUGCCAACAACAACCGCUAUGCUCCCUUCCCGAUACUCGAUCUUCCUUCCGAAUGCCUCAUGCGUGUUGAGCCCUUUCCUAACAAAAACGACUCGUCUCUAAUUGUUCCUCUAAAUUCGGCAGGAUUGAUGGCGUGGCUUGAAUGGGCAUGCCGCCGCUUCGGGUACUGGAAACUUGAACUCGACUCACUUCAUUUCAAGCAUGACAUGGUGAGGAACAAGAUGCUGAAGCGGAGUGUGAGCCUUGGUACAAACAGUCAAGUAUCGGCUGAGAUCGCAGAUACUUUGGAUGCUCUCAAGCUAGAUGUCCGAAAAGGCAGCAUCACUCUAUAUGAGGCAAACGUCACGUGCGGAAGUCCUCAACAGCAACAAAGAUGGACAUGGUUCAAGGUUGUCAAGCCACUUUUGGACAUCAAAGGCCCUGUGCCAGAGAAGUAUCACACGACCGAUGCUACCAUGGUGUUUGCUAUUCCCACGUCUAAGAUCAAGAAGAUCAAGGAGGAAUGGGACCCGCCCUUGACCGCUCCUCAAGCCAGAAGCCAAGGGCCGUCCGAGUCGGAUGCGUUUGCGCAACUUGGGGACUUCGGGCGACUUAACCUGGAAUCUUAUACCCAAGAGGCGACACGCCAACUGACACUCGAAUGGAGAUAUAGCCAGAAGGGUAUCCCAACCUUUGCAGUAACGCCCCAUCCAUGGUUCAUGAAGAAGUUCCCUCCAGACUUUCUCUGGAUUGAGGAUGCUCCCAACUACUCCAUUGACGAAUCCUGGUGGGAUCGCCUCGGCGAGCAAGCUAUCAGCGAUCGGGAUCACUGGCACUAUGUUCAAGCACUCAUGUCAGGCGACAUUUGCCUCGUCGAGGCCAAGUCCAAGAAAGGAGGUAAAUGGGUCAAAGUCGCACCUCAAGUACCUAAGGACAAUACUGGGCGAACCUCGAUACCCAAUCCGGGUGUUGGGGACCAUCGAUCCAAGACAGCUUAUGCAGCAUCUGGGUUGCGCAACGAGGUUCAGUAA